AAGGUCGGCAGGGAAGUGAGAGUCAUAAGCGCGGCAUCAUGGGAGAAUGGACUAUAUUGGAGAGGUUGCUGGAGGCUGCGGUACAGCAGCACUCUACUAUGAUCGGCAGGAUCCUGCUGACAGUAGUGGUGAUAUUCCGGAUCCUGAUCGUGGGUAUAGUGGGAGAGAAGGUGUAUGAGGACGAACAAAUUAUGUUUAUAUGUAACACACUGCAACCGGGUUGCAACCAGGCCUGCUACGAUAAAGCCUUCCCAAUCUCCCAUAUCCGUUACUGGGUUUUCCAGAUCAUCCUGGUUUGCACGCCCAGCCUCUGCUUUAUCACAUACUCUGUGCACCAGUCUGCCAAGCACAAAGACCAGCGUUACACACUUCUGCAUGGCCCUUACAUCGACCACGGUCAUGGGCCGAGCCGCAAGCUCCGCAACAUCAACGGCAUCCUGGUGCACCCGGAAAGCAAAGACGACCGCGAAUGUCUGGAUCUGAAAGACAUUCCCAACAUCCCGGCGGGGGUGACAUACUCCAAAAGUGCCAAGAUCCGCCAGCAGGAAGGCAUCUCCCGCUUCUAUGUCAUCCAAGUGGUGUUCCGGAACGUUCUGGAAAUCGGCUUUCUAGCCGGCCAGUACUUCCUCUACGGAUUCAAUGUUCCCGCCAUGUUUGAGUGCGACCGCUACCCUUGCGUGAAGGAGGUUGAAUGUUACGUGUCGCGUCCCACAGAGAAGACAGUUUUCCUGGUGUUCAUGUUCGCAGUUAGCGGAAUCUGCGUGGUGCUAAAUUUGGCUGAGCUCAACCACCUUGGCUGGCGCAAGAUUAAGACGGCCAUCCGUGGCGUCCAAGCUCGUAGAAAGUCUAUUUGUGAGAUCCGAAAAAAGGAUGUGUCUCACUUGUCCUCCGUGCCCAACUUGGGCCGCACCCAGUCUAGCGAAUCAGCUUAUGUCUGACAGCGAAUAGGGGAGGGGCUUAGACGAGGU